GCGCUACCAAUUAUCACUGUUUCUUUGAUGCUCUUGUUUUCUUGGAUCUGGUCGUGAUCCUUUAAAUAAAUUGCAUGUAUGUAACACUGCAAGGGAAGAUUCACAUUCCUGUUUAUGCACAAGCAGAUAUGGUUAACGAUGGCCGUCGAUCAUCAAGUGAACUUGUGGCACCUGAUGGUAAAUCAUCUAGCACAGGCUACAUGAUUGAAAAUGGUGAUGUUGGUCCUUUGGCUCAGACAUCUGAUUCUUUAAUCAGGCAUCAAUUUCAAAAUCAUCCUGGUCCUGGUAAAAGAGAUGAAUUAAAGAACCACUUAUUGGAUCCAGAAAUCAUGGAACUUUACUACAGAUCCCGCCAGCAAGAAGAAGAGAUCCUGCUUCUCCGUCAACAAAUCACCAAUGCAUGUAUCAAAGAGCUUCAGUUAUUAAAUGAGAAGCAUAUUUUGGAGAGAAGGCUUUCUGAAUUGCAGAUAGCUCUUGAUGAGAGGCAGGAUGAUGCUGUAGCUAGUGCCUUGAAAGAAUUGACUAAAAAGAGAAGCUAUCUUGAUGAAAACUUAAGAUUGACUGAUAAUCUUAAGGUUGUAGAGGAAGAGAUGUAUAUAUUAACUUCUUCAUUCCUAAGUUUAUUAGCUGAAUAUGACAUCCGACCCCCUGUUAUCAGUUCUUCUGCAAUUUCCUACGGUAUAAAGCAAUUGUACCAGAGUAUGCAUUGGAAGAUUAGAUAUAAUGAAUCAGUUAUACCUGAGCUUCGUCUAUAUGAUCAACAUCCUAUGGAUUUGCAUGGCACAUCAACAGCUAAUCAGUUGAGAGUCUCUCAAGACUUUGCAAAGAUAGAUAAAAAGGAUGUAGAUGUUACUCUAAACUCUGAGAUGCCUUAUCCAGUUGCUUAUGAGAAGCCAAGAGAUCUGCCAUCAGAAUUUCAUAAGGAGGUUGGUAAUACUGGUGUUUCCAGCUCUUCUGAAGGUUAUGCUCAUAAGGCCACAUUUAGAACUUUAAAUGCUGAUGCCCAAUUUCAUACGGCUACCGUGCACGAUAACCAAGGGUCCUUUGUUUUGGAAGGUGAAUAUGACUUACCUGGUAUUGAAGGGUUUCAAAUAUAUGGUGAGCCUAAACCAGGAUGCAAGUUACAAGCCUGUGGAUAUCCAACAAAUGGUACAACUCUUUGCAUCUUUCAGUGGGUUCGUGAACUUGAUAAUGGCACUAGGCAGUAUAUAGAAGGAGUCAAUGUUCCGGAAUAUGUGGUAACUGCUGAUGAUGUUGAUACUAUUCUUGCUGUAGAAUGCACACCCAUCGACAACAAUGACCAUCAGGGUGAUUUGGUGAGGCAAUUUGCCAACAAUCAGAACAAGAUAACGUGCGAUUCCGAGAUGCAGAAUCAGAUUGAUGCCUAUAUAUCUGCUGGGAAGGCAAUAUUUAACAUUAAAGCAUUGAUGUGUAUGAUAUUUGAGAAUCACUUAAUGGUUGGAGAAUAUCAAGCGACAACCAGGAAUGCAAAGCUUCUACCUACCUACUAAUCUUUUAAGUGUUUGUCUGAGUGCCAUCUUCUUAAUUUGGAGUUGGCUAGUAAUUGGCACCACCCUUGUAAAAUUUGGCAUAAUUCACUGCAAAAUGAUUGGAUAAAUUUGGCCAGUUAGCAUAAUGUGUUGAGUCCGAAGUUCCUAGUGUAUCUGAUUUAAAGUAUCAUAAUGUGUUGAGUAAGAAGUUCAUCAAGAAUAUCACUCUCAAACAUUCACCGUUUGAACACUUGUUAAUUUGGUUGCUAGCAUUGCACACCAAAUGCAAAACGGAGUUUUGAAUGUUCUUUUCUGCAUACAAAAUUUCUUUAGCAUUUGCUACAUUCUAGUCAUUAUGAAAUUAGUUGUAAAAGUGUGGGAGUGGUUUGAAUUAGAUUGUGAUAUAAGUUGUGGAUCACGUGAUUCUUUUUAAUCCUUCUUAGAAUAAUUGAAGUUGAAAAUGAAUCAAUCUAGAAUAUGGUUAGUGAACAAUAAGAAUAAAUCCAAGAAACUGGCAUCUGCAGAGCCAACUCACCUAUAUUCACCACUUAAACUAUUCUGGCAUCAGCUGAAAGAACAUAGUGUGGGUUUUUAUUCAAUAGAUUGUAUGCUAUUGACAUUGUCAACAUAUCUAAGCCUUUUAUAUUAUAAUGGCCUCAGCUACAUAGCGCAACUGAGAAGGCUCCAUGGAAAUUGUGAAGAAAAUAUGUACGAGUAUGAACUUUAUGUUCGUUUAAAUUCUCGUCCUCAUUCCUCAUUAAGACAAAUAACAGAAAUGACUGACCAGCAUAAAAGCUUUAAACUAUUUGGUAGGUAGAACAUUUUUCCUUAUUGGUUGUAAAUUAAUUUGAUGGUCUCCAUAACUGUGCAAAACUGAAUGUGAAUACUACUAAGAAACAUGAUUCCAUGCUUAAGCAAAUUGGCUCCAUGAAUACAAAGUUAAAGAUCAAGGGAGUCUCUCUGUGAACCUGUCUAGGUUUUUGUGUACUCAAACGUUUGUUGCAAGCAUGGUUCACCUUACCGGUCCAUAUCAGUGUAUCGAUUAGUUUAUCACGGACUAAUUGGUUUUGCCUAAGUCGUGCCGCACCCUUACGUAUCCGUUCAUAAAAGAUUAGCUUAUUUGAAACCUCUUAUGGUCCCUUAGGGACCUGCGAAAGAGAAGACAAGUUAAAGGAACUAAGGAAGCGUUUAACUUAGGAUCCAAUAAGUAGUCAUUUCAACAAAUACUUGAUAAACAAUGACAAUUAUAAAAAUAGACUUUGCAAGCCCUAAAUGGUCACACAACAAAGGGUCCAAAAGGUGGUCUGCCGCGACCAAAAGUCCCUAAAAGUGCCCACUUGACAUUGUUGUGGUACAACAUAACGAACUAGCCCUAAACACUACCCUAAAGGCCCUUUCAACCACGUGCCACCCGGGUAGCUCCUGGGUGUUGUAUUGGCUAACACUUCGCAGUUUGCACCACUCUGCGAAUCUAGAAAACUCCCAAAAUAACAAUCUGAAUGGCUUGUUUUUGGGCAGUCUUGCCUCUGCGCAACGAUUGCACACAACCUGUGUUUACAAGUCUACCACAAGCUCUUUACAUGCUGUGCAAAGCAUGAACAAAACCGAAAGACACAGACAUACACAAACAUUACAUCAAAUACUCUGUUUAUAUAUUUGUCCGUGACAGGUCGUUAGUAUGGUACUUACCAAAUCGUACUGACAUAUCGAUACAUUGUACGGUGGAGCAUAUGAACAAAUUGAUAUGUAUCGCCCAUUCCGGUCUCCUAUCGGAAUGGUAUGUACCGCCUGUAUCGGGUGGUAUGCUAUGGUACGACGAACCUUAGUUGUAAUUAUGUAAAGUUUAAAUAAUGAAUCACUGAUGCUAUUUUUUUUCCUAAUAAAAUUUUUAUUAAGCGCUAAGGACAAGUUUUUAUUUUAAGUGCAAGAAACCAUAAUUAUACUAUAGCAUAUAAAAAGAAAGAAAUCAAAACAGAUGUUGUGCUGGUUAGAAACUCUUAUUAAACCAUUUACUUAACAUCUCUCUGUCAUAGUGGGACAGAAUUUUCAGUUUAUGAAAUGGUCUACUCAUAAAAUCAUAAUGAUUUGAUAAACUUCGGAAGCAUUUACAUGUUAUGCCAUUAUAUUAUUGGCCUUGGAUUCAAUCUACGACUAAUGCUGAGAAACAUAAAAAAAGAGCUGCAUCAGUAUGUCAAGGACAUCACAAAUGUUUGUCCCUGUAAAAAUGAAUUAGUUUAGGCAAAUCAUGAUAUCCUUGUGGGAAAUCUGACAAAAAGCAACAUAUUGGAACUGCUGCAAGAUACACGAAAGCAAAUAUCUGGAAGAGUGAAUUGCUAACGAUGCUAACUAAUGAAGAAGUCUGCUUUUGCAUUGCCUAACAUUAAGAUUGGAAUAGAUGGCGAUGCCAGUUGCCAACAUUACCGGCCAGCAUUCAUUGAUCCUAUCAUGUAUGGUUACGCGGUAUGCUGGUUGUACCCAAAGUAAUACUGAUGCAUACUUUUCUUAAAUUAUCUUUUUCCUGUAUUAUAAUGUAUCAUGCCAGUCUGGAUAUCUAAAUCCUUAAUUUUUCACUUAAAUAGUGUUGCUUUACAUCACGUAUGCAUAGUAACUGUGAGAAAAUAAAAUCUUCAUGAAUGAGUUUUUCUGAUUGAUCACUAAUAAAUGGUC